GUGCGCGGGUGGCCGUUUUUUUCUCCUCGUCACGCACGGAAGAGGCAGGGGAGCCCUCUUGACUGGGCAGGUGAAAAGCAAAGUGGGGCGCCCCUCCCCUUCCGUCUCUCUGGGAUCUUGGGGUUCAGCCUUAAGUUUGUUGUGACGCCUCUGUUAGCUAUGGAGAUUGAGGGACAGCCAUCCGCGAGCUUCCCGGGGCAACCGAAAUGAAGUGAGAGAAGAGGAUUCCCUUCGUGGGCACCGCCGAGCCUGAAAUACAGCUGACUGAGCAACAGACACAGAUCAUAAUCCAGCUUCUGAAUGAAUAAGUGGUAUCUGAUAAGAAUCUCCCUUUCUCAUUAAGGAAGAAUACUACAACAGGAAUUUGCAGUGUAUUAACUCCAAGUCUUAAUAACAUAUUGGGACAUUAUUAUGAGAACAUUUUUUCAUACCCUGCUGAUUGUCUUACAUAUUGUAUAAUUGCUAAUAUAUUCAUUCAGAAUGUGAAUUGAUGGAAGAUGUUUUGUUAAACAUGUGUGAAGGUAAUUCAUUUCAUGUUCGUUACAGAAUGGAAGCAUCAUGCCUGGAGCUUGCCUUGGAAGGGGAGCGGUUAUGUAAAGCAGGAGAUUGUCGAGCUGGAGUAUCUUUCUUUGAAGCUGCAGUUCAGGUUGGAACAGAAGACUUAAAAACACUCAGUGCUAUUUAUAGCCAGUUGGGCAAUGCCUAUUUCUACUUGCAUGAAUACGCAAAAGCUUUGGAGUAUCAUCAUCAUGAUUUAACUCUUGCAAGAACAAUUGGGGAUCAGCUAGGAGAAGCUAAAGCUAGUGGCAACUUGGGAAAUACCUUAAAGGUCCUUGGGAAUUUUGAAGAAGCAAUUGUCUGCUGUCAGAGGCACCUUGAUAUUUCAAGAGAUCUAAGCGAUAAGGUGGGAGAAGCAAGAGCUCUGUAUAAUCUUGGAAAUGUGUAUCACUCCAAGGGUAAAAGUGUUGCCUGUGCAGGUACCCAUGAUCCAGGGGAAUUUCCAGAUGAUGUUAAAACUGCAUUGCGGAAAGCUGCAGAUUAUUAUGAGGAAAACUUGACAAUUGUAACAGAGUUGGGGGACAGAGCUGCCCAAGGACGUGCCUAUGGAAACUUGGGGAAUACGCAUUAUCUUCUGGGCAACUUCCGAAGUGCUGUUACUGCCCAUGAACAGCGCCUCCUAAUUGCAAAAGAAUUUGGUGAUAGAGCUGCAGAAAGAAGAGCCUACAGUAAUCUUGGAAAUGCCUAUAUUUUCCUUGGAGAAUUUGAAACUGCUGCUGAAUACUACAAGAAGACAUUGCAGCUUGCAAGGCAGCUUAAAGAUAGGGCUGUAGAAGCACAGGCAUGUUACAGCCUUGGAAAUACAUAUACCUUACUUCAGGACUAUGAGAAGGCCAUAGAUUAUCAUCUGAAACACUUAGCGAUUGCUGAAGAACUAAAUGAUAGAAUUGGUGAAGGAAGAGCAUGCUGGAGUUUAGGGAAUGCAUGCACAGCUUUGGGGAACCAUGAUCAAGCUAUGCAUUAUGCAGAAAAACAUUUAGAUAUUUCAAGAGAGGUUGGAGAUAAGACUGGAGAAUUAACAGCUAAACUUAAUCUCUCAGACCUUCAAAUGGUACUUGGUCUUAGUUUCAGCACAAACAACUCAAUGAUGACUGAAAAUCAGAUUCCAGAUUAUAACUUGAAUGGCACUAGACAGAGGAUAGGACGUCGCCAUAGUAUGGAAAAGAUGGAACUUAUGAAAUUAACACCCGAGAAGGUUCAGGAUUGGAACAGUGAAAUUCUAGCCAAACAGAAACCAUUGGUUCCCAAACCUUCAGCAAAACUACACUUUGUAAAUCGAUUAAAAGGCAAAAAAUACAAAAACAUUACUUCUUCUAAAGUUCUUCAGGAUGCUAGUAAUUCUAUUGACCAUCGGCUAAAUUCACAGAAGAAAAGCAGCUUAGAUGUCCCUGGAGAUGAAGGUUUUUUUGACUUGUUGAGCCGAUUUCAGAGCAACCGUAUGGAUGAUCAGCGAUACUGUUUCCAGGACAGGAACCGACUGACAGUGACAGCUUCUUCCACACCAUCUAGAAUUAUGAAAAAAUCCUUUUCUGCUUCAGUGCUCUCUCCCCAUACAGAUGAUUUUUUAGAUAUGCUUGCUAGUUCUCAGAGUAGACGUUUAGAUGAUCAGCGAGCGAGUGCCAGCAAUUUACCUGGAUUUCGUCUUAAUCAGCAUAAUAGUCAGUCAGUCCUUGGUCACCUGAUGGCCUGCAACAACAGUGAACCAGAUGAUGACUUCUUUGAUAUAUUAAUAAAAUGCCAGGGUUCUAGAUUAGAUGACCAGAGAUGUGAACCACCACCAAACAUUCCAAAAGGGCCAACUGUUCCUGAUGAAGAUUUCUUCAGCCUUAUUUUAAGAUCACAGGAGAAGAGAAUCGAUGAACAGAGAGUCUUUCCACCCUCUAGUGUGAAGAGGCCAAAUUCUACAUAAUGGACUUAAAAUCAUGUGAAAGUACAAGGGAUUAUUAUGUAAUGCUGCAGCAAAUAUUUUACAUAUAAUGCCUUCAGGGGAAAAAUAUACAUUGAAAAUGUUCAGAGUUUACUAUGUACAGUAUGGUACAGUCAUUACUACCACUGCUUCAAAUCAGAUAUUGAAUACUGGUUGUAGAAAGUCAGCUGUAUAGUACUUUGCUUCCAUACUGUCUCCCUUUCUCUUCAUCUGUCUUUCUGUAGAUAUGCUGUUUUCCUUCAUUGAUGGUGACUGUGUUUAAGGUACUUUUGUCACAAGCUUAGGACAAAUUUUCCUGCUGAAAUAUGUAAACUGUAGAAAUAAAUUCAAGUUUUUUCCUAACUUUUACAUAUUACAGGAAGUUAUAAAAUGAGUGGUAUUAUGAUGGAUUUUCUUUAAAAAACAAAAAAAACAAGAAUAAAUCUUUUAAUACUGUUGUAUUUUUUAAAAUCUUUUUAUCUAUCAAUAAGUAUUAAGCUGAUGCAGAGAGAAAGCAGCCGAUUCAGUUUAGGCUAUGAACAAAGCACCUGAAGGCUUCAUCACCACCCCUCAUUGAGCUUUUUUUAAAAUAUAAUUUUUAUUAAGAAUUUUGAAUACAAUAGUAAAAACUAAUACAAACUAAACUUAAAGAGAACAGAAAAACGAAUAAUGCAGGAAAAAAAGAAAUGAAAAAAUUAUAAUAAAAAGAAAAAUAUAUAAAGAAGUGGCUUCCAACCUUCAUCACAAGUAUAAAUAAAUUUAAUGACUCUUCACCCCCUUUAAGGUUACAAACAGAAAUCUCUUUGUCCCAUAUCCCAUCCCUUACCUAUAAGCAAAGCCCUAACACACCAAUUUUUCAAUCCUCGUGGCAGCAAAAAGUCCAUAAAGGGUUGCCAGAAUUUUGCAAAAAAAAAAAAAAAAAAAAGGUCUUAUUUUAAUCUUGAUCAAAUAAGCCAAUUUUACAUUCCUUCCUCCUACUUCUAACAGUCUUAAUCUUUAAUUCAAUCAAAUAUUAUAGGAUUUGAUUUCAAUUCUCCUUUAUCCCAUCACACAGAUUUUUUCAAAGCUUUAACAGCUUUAGCCUCUUUUGUAGAUCUAAUAAAAUAUUUUCCAAGUUAUUAUCUUGGUUUAUCAUUUGUAUUUCCCUUUUAAUUUUUAAAACUUCAGCCAGUUUCUUUUGUGUAUUCAGUAAAGUGUCCUUUUCCAAAUCA